AUGACAGAUGGCCGGAGGAGUGUAUCGAAGUGUAAGUUGGUUGGUCAAGUGGCGUUCGUCUUUCACCCUGUUCGAGCUUGGGAACAGUGUGUUGUUCUUAGCGUUGACGAAUCGGAUGCUGGUGAAGUGGCCAUCGCACGAUUGAGGUCUGGUGAGAUAUUGGAAGUCCCCGUGAUUGCUGACUCUUUGUUUCUGCCGUCCGUCUCUGGUUCUGUUGACAGCUUUCCCGACGACCUCCUUCAACUCCCCGAGCUCCACGACGCACUUCUGCUUAAUGCCUUACGGGUCCGUCAUGCCAGGGAUCUUACCUACAUGCACAUUGGGGAAAUAAUACUUUCGGUGAACCCCUUCAAGACAAUACCGGCCUACAUGGAUAAGUGCAUGCAAGCGUAUCUCGACCACCUGGAUACGGCACAGCUUCCUUCUGGUCUCCCUCCUCACGUCUGGGGCGUAGCUCACCGGGCCUACGUCGAGAUGCGUUUACGACAAUUGAAUUACUCUAUCGUCGCUUCUGGAGAGAGUGGAAGCGGAAAAACCGAAGCGUGCAAGAAGAUGCUGAAGUAUUUAUGUGCGGCGUCUGAGCGUGUGGCAACAGAUGAGUCAGUGAGCCAUCGCCUGCGGUGCAUCAGCGAAAAGGUGCAAAUGAGCAGUGUCAUCUUGGAGUCAUUUGGAAACGCCAAGACGGUGAAAAAUGAUAAUAGUUCACGGUUUGGGAAGUUUAUGGAAGUUCAGUUUGAUACCAAUGGUGUUAUGGUGGGAUUGCGGGUAACUCCAUUCCUAUUGGAACGCUCACGUGCAAUUACGUGCGGAAACGAUGAGCGGGUGUAUCAUGUGUUUUAUCAACUAGUCGCGGGUGCUAACAAGGUCUUGCGGGAUGCUCUUCGAAUAGGAAAUCCUCGAGAUUUCGUGUUGCUUAACAAAGGUGGGUGUGUCUCUCUCAAAAGCAGUGGGGUAGAUGACGCAAAGGAUUUUCAGUUCCUACAAAAAGCACUUGUAAGUAUCGGCUUCUCAGACGAAGAGCAAAGCGCUAUGUGGAGCGUGGUAGGGUCUGUACUACAUAUGCAGAACAUUGUGUUCGAAUUACGAAAAAUCGAUGACUCCGCUUACCUUAGCGAGGGGGAUAUUGAAAUUGCAACCUUUGUUGCUGCCCAUUUGCUCCAGCUUCCACAAUCUAAGUCAUUUGUGGAAUGUCUCACAGCGAGCACUGUCGUCAUCGGAGAAGAGCACCUGACGCGGAAGUUUUCGGUUCAGAAAGCAAAAGAUCAACGCGACAGUAUUUGUAAGUUUCUGUACUCGAAACUCUUUCUUUUCCUAGUUCACAAAAUUAAUGCGGCCACUGCCUGUGGUGCUCACCAGAAUGAUCUUAAUGUUUCAACAACUUCUGUGGGUGGCGAUUCGUCUCUUAGCGAAAGUGCGCCGGCAACAUGGAUAGGCCUACUUGAUAUAUUUGGUUUUGAGGACCUUCAGGUAAACUCAUUGGAGCAGUUCUGCAUCAACCUUGCAAACGAAGCACUGCAGCGACAGUACGCCGAGAAAAUGUUUCUUACAGACGCUGAGGAAAUGCGCACCGAAGGGGUGGAACCAAAUAUCACGGAUUUCAUAGAUAAUCAACUUUGUUUGGUAUUGUUGCAAGGCUCCAAAAAUUCUAUCAUAUCAUUCUUGGAUGAUGCAUCGCUGCUUGAUGUUGAACGCUCACGGACGAAUCCUGACUUUGUCUUUCUUAACACAAUUACAUCGGCGUUUCGCCCUGAUUAUCAAACGGCACCUGGCAAGACGACGCGUAGUGUAUUGGGACGAAACGCCAAAAUGGAUAGCCCUUCCACGUACUUUUAUAGGGGGCGCUUGGAUGACAACAAUUUCACAAUUCGGCAUUAUGCGGGAGAUGCAAAGUAUUGCGUCAACAAUUUCGUGGAGAAGAAUAAUGACAUUGUAAAGGAUUCCUGCGCACAGGUGCUGCAAGGUACAACUUCAUGGACACUCCAAGAAAUGAUGGGCACCACAGAAGAAAUGGUUGGCUUGCUGGGUGAUGUGGAUUCCCCAAGUUCCCCUUUAUCUAACUCUCGCGGAUCGAAACGGACCGUUGCCUCAACCUUCCGAACCUCCUUGCGCCUACUGACGGAGAUGCUAAAUAGCAGCGCGUGCAACUGGGUGCGUUGCAUUCGACCUCAUUCGAGGCGUCAAUCGGGGCUUUUUGACGGUAAACUGGUGCUAGAGCAACUUGUAGCCACUGGAGUUCUGAGCACUAUAAAUCAACGUCAGAAGAAUUAUCCAUUCCGUCCACAGUGUAAUGAAUUUUUGCAUCACUAUCGUGUCAUACUCAGGUCAAGGCAUUCUUACUGGUCAAGGAUGACACUAAAGGAAAGGUGUUCUGCGUUGCUUAUGGAGGCUGGUACCGAGGCGAGGUCUGCUCAGGUAGGGAAUACUCGUGUCUUCCUCACCACUGAAGCUCACCGACUUCUCGAGUAUAAACGGUUGCAACGCUCUGAGGAGAUGGUUGAAAUAGUCAAGCGUUAUAUAGCCGCUUUUUUGUCUCGGAUGCAUACGCGUGCAGUCCUCCUUACUCGUUAUGCUCUCAGUAUGCAGCGCCUCUGGCGAAUCACUUUGCGCAUUCGUCGGUGCGUUCAGCAGUACUACGAGGAGCUGCGCCGCAAGCGGAACGAACGAUUUCUAGAGGUCAUGAAAAGCCUGCUGCGUUGGGAAGCGCGCUCCCGUCUCGAGUUUCUCGGGGAGCAUGAUUCGUAUAUUCGGACUCUGUGGCGUGAGUUUCGUACUCAACUAGUCCCAUUAGUCUCCGAUGUGCUUAGGAAUGUGCGGGCGGUGGAGGCAAAGCAACGAGAAGUAGUUUCGUUGAAGGCUUUCUCAUGCUACAGUGUGUUUUGUGAAACCUUUGUACGAGAGGCCGCGGUCGCCUUGGAAAGAGAGAAACAACGAAUUAAUGCAAAACUGGAGUUGGACGCGAGGAAACGUGCGGAGAUGUUGGACAGCGCUGUAAAGAUGUUAAAGACAGUAGUUGAGGAAGAGCAGUCUGCUUAUGAGGCGCUGCAAAGUGGAAUCAUCGCUCCAUGCAUGAAGAAGCUGAAGGCCCAGGCAAAUGUCAUCCGCAGGUUAAACCAGUGGCGAGAUGAAAGUCUACGAGAGUUGAAUGAUGCAAAGGUGGCAGAGGAGCGACGCCUUGCUGUAGAAGAGGUUGAAAAAACACAGAGUGAAGAAGAAAAGUGGCGAUGUCUUGUGGGGGAGGAACAGUACCUGAAGGAGAUGCGGUACUUUCAGUCCUUUUCUGCGGAUCCUUACAGUACACCGCCGCCUCUCCGUGCUUUCUUGAGAAACGGCAUUCCCUCGAAGGUACUUCAAACGCCAAUCUAUAGCAACUGCCCAGCAUUCGCCUCUAUUGGCGCUGUGAGUUCGUUUUAUGAUUACAGGGAAUAUAUUCGGAGUGAAUUUUCACGCGCGUGCACAAAUGGAACGGUGCCAAGUCUUCAUGUGCAUCAGCAUCAUGACGGGGCGCUCUGCAAGCUCUGCAACUUUUUAUCGUACCCUUCGCAUCUUGGCGUUCCUGCGAAACAACUGGAUCCCUCCCCAUCAACGCAUGGAGUUAGUCGUCGGCUGUACGAGGAGAAUAGCGACAGUGACGACAGCUUUGAUGAGUUAAAUUACUAG